AUGGCAGAAGGCUCAGCUGUUCCCACUGCCAGCAAGGGCUCCUGGGGUUCUUUCCUCAAGUCGAUAGCCUCUUUCAAUGGCGACCUUUCGUCUCUCACCGCUCCUGCCUUCAUUCUGUCGACAACCUCGCUCACCGAGUUCUCGGCAUACUGGGCCGAGAUGCCCUCAGUCCUGGUCGCUCCCGCUUCCGAAGCCGACAAGCAGAAGCGCUGCAUGCUCGUCUUGAAGUGGUUCCUGAGCACUCUCAAGCAACAAUACACCUCGCGCAACGAAAAGCUCGGUAGCGAGAAGAAGCCCCUCAACCCUUUCUUGGGCGAGUUGUUCUUGGGCAAGUGGAUUGACCAGGCCGGCACCACUGAGCUCGUCAGCGAGCAAGUCAGCCACCAUCCCCCAGUCACCGCAUACAGCAUCUGGAACAAGCAACACGGUGUCCGUCUCCAAGGUUACAACGCUCAGAAGGCCUCUUUCGGUAGAACCAUCAACGUCAAGCAGAUUGGUCACGCCGUUCUCCACAUCGACCAGUACGACGAGGACUACCUGAUUACUCUCCCCGCUCUCCACAUCGAAGGUCUCAUCACCGGUUCGCCCUACGUUGAGCUUGAGAAGAGCACUCACAUUGUUUCCUCCACUGGCUACACCUGCAAGAUCGACUACAGCGGCAAGGGCUGGGUCAGCGGCAAGAAGAACUCCUUUACUGCAACCAUGUACCCCAACGGCCGCGAAAAGGACGUCAUCUACAACGCCGAAGGUCAAUGGAGCGGCAACUUUGUCAUCAAGGACACCCACAAGAAGGUCGUCGAGUCUUACGAUGCCUCAAAGAUGCAGAAGACUCCUCUUACCGUCGCCCCUGUCGAGCAGCAGGAUCCUCUUGAGUCGCGCCGCGCCUGGUACAAGGUCGCCGAGGCCAUCAACCGUGGUGAUAUGGACACCACUUCGGCCGAGAAGUCGCUCAUCGAGAACCAGCAGCGCGAGUUGCGCAAGAGAGAAAAGGAGUCAAACUCCGAGUGGCAGCGUAGAUUCUUCAACCGCGUGCCCAACAGCCCGCGCUUCGACGCCAUGAUUCACCAAGUCCCCGGCGGCAGUCUCGAGGCCGACAAGACAAACGGUGUCUGGGAGUUUGACCCUGCCAGAGCCAAGGCAGCCAACCCCAGCUACCAGAUCUAA